AUGGAAAAUCAACAACAGACGACAACGUUAUGCCGUGCGGGUUGUGGUUUCUUCGGUUCACCAUCUACCGAAGGCUUAUGCUCGAAAUGUUACAAAGAUUAUGUGAAACGUAAACAGGAUACUACAGCACGUGUAAGUCCACCGUUACCAGCUGUUGUUAAUUCGGGUGCUAAUACAGUUACAGCUACAUCAAGUACUAUUAGCAACACAACGUGUAACGCUGAUAAUACUGCUGCCACGUCAUCAACGGUGAUUAUUGCCGAAAAGCUUAGGGAGGUUUCCUGUUCGCAGGCCGCAAAAUCCUCAGAAGAUAUGACUGCCCAACUAGAAUCAGUAGCAGCGGCUGUGGAAGCAGCGGGUGGUAUCACGGCGUCUUCGUCGGGUACUUGCUCUGGUGUCCUUUCUACAUCUAGCUCUGUGGCAAGCCUUGAUACUGCAGUAGCUCCUGAUUCGAUAACUUUGAGUAACGAAGGUCAGCCGGUUCCGAAGAAAGCCAAUCGUUGUCAUGUUUGCAAGAAACGUGUCGGCCUUACUGGUUUCGUCUGUCGUUGUGGUGGCUUAUACUGCGGUGAGCAUCGUUAUGAUACAGCGCAUGGUUGUUCCUUUGAUUACAAAACAAUGGAGAGAGAAGAAAUUCGUAAGAAUAAUCCGGUGAUUGUCUCCGAAAAGAUCCAACGGAUUUAG